AUGAUUUCUUUAAAUAAUCUUAAAAAUUUCCUGCCUACAUCGAAUGUAGUAACAAAUUGUAUAAGAAACGCGAGCAAAAAGACGAGUGGAAGUACGAAGAAUCCAAAAAAUCCUCAUGGAAGACCAAAACAUCGAGGAUGGAAGAGACAAGACGGAAGUACUGUAACUUAUGGAACAAUAUUGGCAACACAAACAAAGCCUCGAUUCUUUCCUGGAUUAAAUGUCGGUUUUGGACGUAAUGGAACUAUCUUCGCAAUGACAAAUGGCAAGGUGUAUGUGACGUGUGAGAAAGUAGAUUUAAAUUUCGAUCAUGGCUGGAUUCAACGAUUCUUUUCUGGCAGAUCAGGACACACAAUUUAUAAGAAAUAUUUUAAUGUUAUUCCUGAAAAGCAGCAUAACAGAUUUAGACUUGUUGAUGAGAAUUAA